AUAUCCCACUAGGGUUUCUCUUUCUCUACACACCCCACAAAACCCUAACCUCCCAAACCACCACCGCCGCCGCCACCUCACAAACCACCCACCACCAUGAAGACCAUCUUGUCAUCGGAAACAAUGGACAUCCCAGAAGAGAUACAAAUCAAAAUAAAAGCAAAGAUCAUUGAAGUCACUGGUCCACGUGGCACUCUCACUCGCAACUUCAAACACUUGAAUCUUGAUUUCAUGCUCAUCACUGAUGAAGAUGGCAAACGUAAGCUCAAAGUUGAUGCAUGGUUUGGGUCAAGAAAAACUACUGCCGCCAUUAGGACUGCUUUGAGCCACGUCAGCAAUCUCAUUAUUGGUGUUACUCAAGGGUUUAGGUACAAGAUGAGAUUUGUGUAUGCUCAUUUUCCUAUCAAUGCUAGUAUUACUAAUAAUAACAAAGCUAUUGAGAUCAGGAACUUUUUGGGUGAAAAAAAGGUGAGGAAGGUUGAUCUGCUUGAUGGAGUCACUGUUGUUAGGUCUGAGAAGGUGAAGGAUGAACUUGUACUUGAUGGAAAUGACAUUGAACUUGUCUCGAGAUCUUGUGCUCUUAUUAACCAGAAAUGCCAUGUGAAGAACAAAGAUAUUCGUAAGUUUCUUGAUGGUAUCUAUGUGAGUGACAAGGCAAAGAUCGAGGAGGGUGAAAAUUAAAUUUGUUAGGUAGUGAAUUAUCUCGGUGCGGCAUCAUUUUCUACCAGAUUGUUAUCCUUUUAACCUAUAUUUUGAACAUCUUUUCAUAGACAUUACCGUCGAAUUUUAAGUUUUUGGACCGUUUUAUUUCUAUAAUACCGUGUUAUCGUUUUGCAUGUA